GCCAGAGUUCCUGACGCGGCCACCGGCACCUCACUGAAACACACCGACCAUGGACCUAUUCGAGUUUGACUUCUUCAGAGACUGGGAGCUGGAGCAACAAUGUCAUUAUGAGCAGGAUCGCUCAGCGCUGAAAAAGAAGGAAUGGGAGAGAAGGACGCAGGAAGUGCAGCAAGAUGAAGACUUGUUCUCGACUGGAUUUAAUCUGUUUGGCGAGCCAUACAAGACUAACAAAGGUGAUGCCCUGGCCAACCGGGUCCAAAACACACUCGGAAAUUAUGAUGAGAUGAAGGAGCUCCUGACCAGCCAUUCCAACCAGAGUCACCUUGUGGGCAUUCCUAAGAACUCUGUUCCCCAGACUCCCGUGGAGAAACCCGACCAGCCUGGCUUUUUCCCUGAGGCUCAGCGGAGCCGAGCUGCCCCCUCCCAACCUGGUAGCCACAGCACUUCCAUGCCCCCACCCCCUGCUAACACACUGUCGGCAUCUAGCGUUGUACAUGGGCAUCCAAGCAACAAAAAGUCACGCUCCUCAGACUGGUCCCGAGGGGGUCACAGUUCAGAUGGCACCCAGACUGCUCAAGCAGUCGCCCGGGGGAAGCACUCCGGUCAUGAACAGACCUCUAGCAGACACGAUCAAGAUGAAGAGGACUCAAGUCCCAAUCCUACUGGAUCUACAACUUUGACAAACUGCAACAGGAAGCAGGCACCAUCCAGCAAAGGACCAGCCUCAGCCGAGCUUGGAAAGUCUCCCAUUGAGCAGGAGACUUGCUCCCAUGGCUCCAAUUCACCAAUGGCCUCUACAUCCCUGCUUCCUAGUGGCCUCUCAACGCCAACCUUCCCUCAAGGCCUCCACUGUAAACCCAGCACCGCUGUGCAGCAAAAACCCACUGCCUAUGUCAGGCCCAUGGAUGGCCAGGACCAGGUCCCCAACGAUUCCCCAGAGCUCAAGCCCCCAGUGGAACUGGUGGAAGGGUACAACUGCUUGCCAUUUGGAGGUCUGCUGGACUGUAAAAGCAGCACAGCCGGGACGAAGGGCAAACUUCCAAAGCUGACUCUGCCACAAUCCGGGGAGGUCAGCCUGACCAUUGACUCCAAUUGUGUGGAGGAAAUUCUGCGGGAGAUGACACACUCCUGGCCACCACCUCUCACUGCCAUACACACACCAGGCAAAGCUGAACAGACCAAGUUUCCCAUCCCUUCAAAGGAUUCACAGCAUGUGACCUCAGGAUACAAUGGAAAACUCUGCAAUGUUCCCAGCAACAAGCCUGCAACCAAGUCAGUACCACAGAAGUCAAUGCUUGAAGAUGACCUGAAAAUCAGCAGUGAUGAAGAAGACACCGAACAGGCCACAGAGAAGCCCAAGCCCAGGAGCACUCCUCUCAACAUCCCUGGAGCCACACUGAGGACCAGCGAGCCAGCCAGUCACUCCAGCGGCGCCUCAGGGAGCUCCAGCGAAUCAGAGAGCAGCUCUGAGUCUGACUCGGACAGCGAGAGCAGCUCCAGUGACAGUGAGUGCAAUCGGGCAUCCCGUGCCACCACACCAGAGCCUGAACCUCCAUCGACAAACAAGUGGCAACUAGAUAAGUGGCUAAACAAAGUGAAUCCCCACAAUAAAGCACUAAUUAGCACACAGUCAGACAGUCAUGGGCUUAACAGCACUCAACUGGAUGAAAGCCAAGCCUCUGAGAACCAGAGCUCCAGCAAAAGCAAGCCCAGCACAGCACUGGCACCAGCAGACACCAAGGAGAGAGCUUUGCUUAGUCCCAUCCGCGAGAAAGCCAAACCCAAGACAUGUCAGAAAGCUCCAGACAGCAAAAGCACCAAGGUAAAAUCACCAGCCUCAGUGGAGCUAGCACCACCCAGGAGAAGCACUGGCAAGAAACAGCCCAAAAAGGUUGAGCGAUCUUCUAGCAGUGAGGAGCACAACUGGCCCAGACCAGGAAACUCAAGUUCGACUCCAAAGGAAAAAGAGCCUCCGCCUUUAGAACCACCCAAACCUAGAGGCAAGGGCCCUGGAGUCAAGACAGCUCCUAGAAAAGAACCUCGGACCACUACAACAAAUGUUGCACAGACCAACAUCACACCAGUUCCAGAUAAGAAGAAGCACAGAGGUCCCAACAAGAUCAUCCCCAAGUCCAAGGAGUUCAUCGAGACUGAGUCGUCUUCAUCCGAGUGUCACUCGGACCCUGAAGAGCUCUCCAAGGUCCAGCUUCCCUGCCCGGGUCCCAACACAAUUAGCUUGAAAUCUAAGGAUUGCAACAGCAAUAUCCUGAGUGUUAGUAGCCUUACCAGCACAAGCUGCACCUCGAUUCCUGACCCAGGUGCAUCAGAUCUCCUGGAAGAGCCUCUAUUUUCCCCAAUCCCCAUUGUACAAAAUGAACUUUUAUCACCACUUAGAGACUUUGAGGACAUCAAGUCACUUUGGGUUAAGAUUGAACUCAGCUUCCUGUCACGGAUCCCGGGGCAUGAUCCCCCUGAGCCUCCCCCGACCAAGGCUGAGUGUCGGGAGGUCAGUGUCAAACACAGGCGGCAACAGUCACCUGCGUCCAUCCCUGCAGAGAAAAACCCAAGUAAAUCAAAGAGGAAACACAAGUCUGAGCACUGUGACGAUAUAAGUGGAGGCAAGAAGCUUCGGAUUGACAAAGAUGCAAUGCUACUUCCUCCUUGUAUCUCACCCAUACAUAACCACAAGAUCCCCAGCACAAAAGAUUCAUUGAAGAAACAGCCUCGUAAGAGGAAGGAAAAGCUGUUACCGCCUCUAUUGUCGCCACUGUCAGACGAGCUGGUGGGCCGCCAGAGGAGGAGCAGUGAAUGCAGUUCCAUCAGUCAAGAGGGAAGCACCUCCACUGGCCCCAGCUUACUGCCCUCCACCCGAACAAUACCUGCCUCCACCUCAUCAUCAUCAUCAUCACACAAGCACCGCAAAGUAGAGAACAAAUCCUUCUCCCAUGCCAAGACCAACUCUGAGGAAGAUAGUCACAGUAAGCCAUCCAGUGUUUUCCAUGGCAAUGGCCAAUCGGACACAGGCCUCUGGUCAAACCCUUCUGCAAUGUCCAUGGAGCACAUUGAACCCAGGAGACCUAAACUCACAUUUAAUAACAUUGUUCACAAUGCAGAUUACUACAUGCAAGAAGCCAAGAAGCUUAAGCACAAGGCCGAUGCAUUGAUGGACAAGUUUGGAAAAGCUGUGAAUUACGCCGAUGGCGCACUCUCGUUCAUCGAAUGCGGCAACGCCAUGGAACGAGACCCAUUAGAGGCCAAGUCCCCCUACACAAUGUACUCAGAAACUGUAGAGCUCAUCAGGUACGCGAUGAGAUUAAAGAACUUCACCAGUCAUUCCGCCACAAUAGCAGAGAAGAAGCUUGCUGUACUGUGCAAUCGCUGUUUGUCACUUCUGUACUUGCGAAUGUUCAAACUGAAGAAAGAUCAUGCAAUGAAGUAUUCACGCUCACUAUUGGAGUAUUUCAAGAAUUCUGCAAAAAGUUCCCAAGCACCUUCGCCGUGGGGAGCCAAUGGAAAGAGUACUGGUACCCCGUCUCCCAUGUCCCUAAGUCCAUCCCCCGUCAGUUCCGUCAGCAGCAGUGCUGGAGUGAUGGGCUCGUCCUCUUCCUCAUCUGCCUCUGGAAGUGUGGCCAUUCCCCAACGCAUCCACCACAUGGCAGCCAGUCACGUCAACAUCACCAACAACAUCCUGCGCUGCUACGAACACUGGGAAACCGCUGAUAAGCUGGCCCAAGAAAGUCAAGAGUUCUUUCAGGAGCUGGACUCAGUAAUGGAAAUGUUGACGCAGCACAGCAGUAUGACAGAACUGGUACGCUACAUACGCCAAGGAUUGCACUGGCUUCGGCUGGAGGCCCAUUUGUUAUAGUGCUGGCACUUCCACUGUGCUCCGUCUCUCUCUCUCUCUCUCUCUCUCUCUCUCUCUCUCUCUCUCUCUAUUCUUCUCUCUCACACCCUCUUCCCCACCGAUCAUCACUACCUCCACCAUCUUUGCCAUCUCCAACCCUCUGGAACCCUGAGGGGCGUCGGCAGUUAACCAAUAGCAAGCCUAAGAACUGUGAGUUAUACCCGAGAGGGUGCUGUGUCCUGGUACCAGCUUUGAUUCCUGUAAGGAAUGCAUCAGGAACAUCUUGCGAUCUGAUGCAGAAUGUCACAGACUGGUGGACCUGGAAGGAAGGAGCGGUGUUGCAUCAUCAUGUAGUUUUAAGAGAGUCCAAACUUGUGCAUCUGUUACAAGGACAGAAUCUGCAAUGGUAGCAGUGGGUUAGUUAACAAAGUUGUCAAGCAACUCAGCUAGUUGCAUCUGAGUUGUGGGCUAGACACCAGGCAAAUCAAAUUUGCUAUGUAAGGCAAGUUAGGCCAGAACAUACGUCACGCAAGCACAAAAACGCAGCUCUUUUUUAAAUUGAACAAAUCAAAUUGACAGUUAUCCCAUCAACAUGCGCUACCCCAUUGUCUUUCGUUGUUGCACACUGACUCCGUGCUUAUAUCUGCGUCUCCUGCUGAAUGUGUUUAGAUGCGCUCUUCAAUAUGGAAUAGCCUUUCUUUCCCACAAACCUUUCCCACAAACCUUCUUUAAAAUAGAAGUCGAGAAUAAGGCAGACACAUAUAGACUAACAAAUAUUCACCAUAUAUUCACAAUGAUUUGGUUACUUAUGUAAUAUUGUGAAUAGUGCUGUUUAAAGUGACUUUAUUUGAUUAUAGGUAUUCCCAAAAACCUAUUAGACUAGUUUUGCGAUCCCUCUUAGUCUCCCAGCACUCAAGGGGGUAGAUGUUUGUGGCAUUAAACAACGCAUACUUGCGUUGGUUGCAUUAUGAAUUGCGCACACAUUUCGGAACACACCAACUCAUUACUCAAGCUUGUGUACUUUUAUGUGCUUGUGUAGAAUAUGUUUUGUGCCUUUGCCUUGCACGAUUGAGAUGCUCGGAAAUGAGGGUACAUUUUAAAGCAGAUUAAAUGAGUUAUUUAGAGCUCAUACUCAUCUCAGUGGCAUAUAUUCAACCGUUCUCCAGAUCCAUAUGUAUCCAUUUGAAAUUCUGCUAAUCUGUCAAGGCUUUUGUAAUGACUGUAAGGGACGGUUAUGGUAGUCAAAGGUAUAGCAUUUUCUCAAAUGUCACUGUCUUUCUAUUUUACAGCACUAUGACAGCUGGUAUCAGUGUGAGAAGUAUGAUAGUCUUGUUGGCAUCACUCCAAAGCUGCAUUCUCUGAGCACAAUCUCAAGUUUGCAGUAGCUGAUGGGAGAUUUCCCUGUGCAAUUAACUUAUACAUAUGCACAUAUGACAGAUUGAUAUCUCUGCUAGAGGGUAUCUGAGUAUCUUAAAGAUUUUGUUUUCCAAUAUGUACCAUAAUGACUGUGUUGUAUAUGACAGCUACUUUAACUGUUUGGUGUUUGUUCAAUCUUGCAUGUUAAUGCAAAGAGGUAGUCGGUAGAACUGAGAGAACUAUGUCAUGAGCACUAUGAGGAAUCAAUGUGUUUUGUAAAUUUGAUUUGGUUUUUAUUUGAUUUUAUUUUUUUAAAUUUUUUUUAUUUCAGCAUCUUUAGUGCUGUAUUGGUAGUGUUUAACAUUAACAUUGUUAUCUAUAGAGAGUUUAUUAAUUAUUGUACUUCAAACUCAUAACUACAUUUUUCUAUGUCCAGAGAAACUCCUGAACAAAAGAGGUCAACAUUUUUUGACCUAUGCGAUUGAAUAUUGUGAUGAAAUCACAAGCCAUUUUUAUUCAAAAGAGAGUUUUCCAUGCAUAAACUCUUUACUGAUACAUUUAAUGUUAAAUAUGAGAAAUUGUUGAUAACCUAUCGGCAAGAUACAAGCAUUUUCUCCUUGCUGGUCUGUUCAUACAUGUAGGUAUAUGAGAAUGUGUGUGCGUGCAUGCGUGUAGCAGAUUUACAAUGGCCGUGUAUUAUAUAGCUUCAUAUAUGUGUCAAUCUAUCAUGUGAAUGUCAGUAUGUGAGCGAGAGACAGCAGGGAUGUAUGCGUGAAAUAGACAUUUCACAAAGAUUAUUCAAAAGUGCCUGCGUAUCUAAUGGAAAUGUAUUAAGAGUCUAUAUUUAAGAAUGACAAUGGAUCUGAAUGAUUUUCCAUACCAUAUUGGUAUAUCCAAUUUUUCUGUUUUCAUAACAUGACUGUUUAUUUAUUUUAUUUUGUAAAAAGGCGUUUGUGGAAUCUAUAUUGGCUUUAACGUUCAACUUUGUGACAAGUCUAUUUUUCUGCUCUGAUGAUGAUAGAAAAUGACUGAAAAGUGAAUUACAUCAAUUUAAAAUCUUAACAUAUUGUACAGCUGAUUUUCUAUAUGCGUUCUUCAUUAUGGUUGUUUCCAGACAAUUUUCUCAUAACAUAGCAAGAAGUGCUUACUGAACUAAACACUGUAGCACACCAAUCAUAACUAGCAACACAUAAUACAUAGAGUAAUAUACAAAAAAGUAACUUAUACACAAAUUUAGCAUAAAGCAAAAGUUUUUUUGGAAGCCAUUUUUAACUUACUUCGAUCCAAUGGCAAAAAGUAUCUUUAUGCAAAAAUCUAAUUAUCCUUCCCACUACAAUAUUACCAGCUGUUAUCUUACUUGUAUGGAGUCAGUUUUUAAUUUGUGUUGCUUUUCCGGCAUCUGCUGCCGUGCUUGUUUGAGUUAUGCCAGUCUGGCAAAGAAAUCUGUGCCCCUCUGGCAUUUCAUCAGAAACAAGCAGCACUGACUAGCUCUAGCAGUGAAGUAAACAACCUGUUCUGCCUAUUAGAUGCACCUCCCGUUUGUCUUGAAAUGAAAAACAAAACAGAUAUGCUUUCUGGAGCCUUUUUCUGACUAUAUACAAGCUAUUUUUGACUUGAAAAUAAAGGGUGAUAUGUUGAAAGAGCAAGUGGAAAAAUAAAUUUGGUGCAAUACCAUUACACAUUUCAUUUACUUGUUUCUAAAAACUAUUAAUAGACUACAUUUGAACAAAUUCUGGUCUAUGUGAUUGUGUUGCUAGAAAUUGGUUUUGUACAAUGUACAGAUCAGAGGUGGAAACAUUGAUCCAAUCAUUAAAAUGGCUUAUCCCUUGUGUGGAUGUUAAAAUGCAAUAACACAAUAUUUAUGCCAAAUUUUAAAUUGCAUAAGCUAGUAUUGGCAUAUUCAGGGAAAGCUGAUGUUUAAUUGGAAGUAAUGCUUUAAUUAUAAAGGGCAUUGUGUGUGAGUCAAAUACGGGCCAAAACAGAGGGCAAGUAAAUAUUUACUUUUACUACUUAAAAUGAUCUAACAUAUUUUAAGAUUGCAUUAAGAACAACAAUAGAUUUAGUUAAGAACAACAAUCUUAUUUCACUGCUGAAAUUAUUUAACAAAUCAGGUUGUCCAUAGAAGUAAUACUGGGACAUGUAAUAUGAUCAAGGGGUGGAAAUAGAUUUUGUAUUAUUUAAAAAGAAAUUUGUAUUACAUAUUAGAGGUAGACUGAUGUACUGGUUUUACCGAUUAAUCGGUGCCGAUAGUUGCUUGUUGGCAAAUAGUUGGAAAUAUCAUUACUGGCAAAAAUCUAUGGUGAUAGUUGCCGAUAGUUUAUUCAUUUCAAAAUAAUUGUCCCCGAUGUGUUUCAGGCUUGUUUAUACUAUUGUACAUUUUUUCUGGUUAUUUGGGCCCAUCAUAGUAAGUAAAGAAUAAGAUUUGUUUUUAAAACUAUCAGCCGAUUAAUUGUUUUACCCACCACAUUAUUUAUCAGUAUCGGCAAAAUCCACUAUCGGUUGACCUCUAUUACAUAUGGCAGCACAUACUAUACAUUUACUUAAAAACUGUAUUGUACUAUAACAACAUGAAUCAAACCUGGUGUCUCAGAAAAAUAUUGCUUACAUCAGCCAUUCAGGCCUAUUAACACAACUAGUGCAUUUGCAAAGACAUGUUUACAGUGUUUUUAACAUUUACAUUUGCUGCCAUACCAUUCUGACCUCUGCUAUUGACAAAGCUUGUAGGUGGUUUUUAAAUGUGAAUGAAAAUGUAUUUAGCAUUUACCCUGCUGUCUUUUUGAGGUAGCUUAAAUCCCUUUGAUUCUUUGUGCUUCUCAAUGAGCUGUACUACCAUGAAAAUACCCUAUCAGGAAGAACAAUCUCCAAUUAAAGUAGGCUCAGCUGGAAGCAUUCUAUUUGCUCUGCAAAUUAAACAUGCAAAUAAGACUUUGUUACUGAAACAAAAAAACAUAUCAUGUCAGUCAAUUAAAGAUCUUUCAAUUCCCACGCUGAUUAACAGACGCUAUUUACCACGGUACAUUUAAAAGAACUGGCAAUGUCACUAUGGAACACAAUGCAUAAAAAGGACUUGUAUUAAAUGUGAGCACUUCUCUGGUUAUAUCAUUGCACCGUAUUCAUAUUUUUGAGUAAAACUUGUCUACUGUCUGUGGACAAUAAUGUCAUUGUAUUUAUUUAAUUGCACUCGUUACAAAGUCAGUUUCUAACUUCAUCAGAGAUUUCCUUUAUAAAUACCUUGUUGCAAAUGCCUUGUUACCAGUGUAAACUGUAGAGAAUCAAAGAUCGGUUAUUUAGAGUCUUGUUCUGUCCAGUUUGUCUUUCUCUGUACAGUUUAGAGUCGUGCACCAUGAUUUGUCCCUUUGAGAUCGUAAUCACAUCAAGGCUACCCAUCCAAAGCUUUGAAUCUAUGAAGAUAAGCAACAUAUCUCGUUCCUAUCAUGGCAUAUGAGUCAGCCUUUCUGCUACAAAAUCCCAUUUUCAGUUAAAUUACCACCUGGAGAAUCAUGUUCUUGGUUUUUGAAUCCGAAUGUAUAGAUGACUGAAGCUACAAUGGAUUUCUUAUACAAGAAAGGUAUUUACUCAACAAGGCAAUACUUCUUACUUAAGGUGGAUUGUUAGAAGCCAUUAAAGUAACCAAAUGAAAGGCAAUGUACGGUAUUAAAGUUCAAUGGUGGCAUAAUGUAUUUGAAAUGACGUGAGCAAAUCUAAAACUGAAAUUGGAGCAAAGUCCCAAAGAGCAGUUCAUCUUGAGUGAGCCUUAUAGGAAAUGAUAGCAUUUCCGUUCCUUGCGGAUUUAGAAAGGCAGCCAUUUAACUGUUAUUUAAGUCAAUUUUCAAGGUUUCACUUCAAUGAAAUAUGCAAAACAGAUUUCU